AUGCCCGCCUGGUCGAAGGAACACCCCCAGCCGCCAUGGUCCAAGGCGCAUGAGGUCAAGCUCGCACCCUCGCACGUCUACGACGGCGUGCGCAAGGAUGACAAGGGAACAGACACGGUGGCGAGGCAUGCUCCCCUCCGCCUGGUCGAGCAGCAUGGCGAGGUCGGACGACGCGCGGGCACGUAUGGCGUGCAUAUAGAAGACGACGAGACUGGUGUCGAGUUUUUGGGCGAGGUCGAUGGAGACUGGGAUGCAUCCCUAGCUGGAGACAGGAAGGUCAUCACCGUGCGCGACGUGAAGAAAGCGUCGAAGAACUACAAGGUCGCGCAUCCCAGGGCACACGCCUUCGCGCGCUACGUCCUCCCUGUCACCGAGUCUGAGAUCAAAGAGCAAGACUGGCCGGGAAAGAAGAAGGAAGAUGAGAAACCACCUUCGCCAUCUGGGUCUGCGUCUUCCAUCUCGUCCGGAACGAUGUCUUCCGAGUCGGGCUCGGGCUCGGGCUCCUCGUCUGACCACAGCUCAGGCAAGGAAGACAAGAACCGCAAGAACGGGGCGAAGGAUGAUAAAGAUGAGUCGAAGAACGUCGACGAGUCGGGCGAUGGGGAGGACAAGCCCAAGGAACCUGAGCUGACGGACGAGCAGCAGAGGUUCCUCGAGCGGCUCAUCGAGGAGAUGCGCACCAUAGACUCGUUCAAGAACAACCCAGGCCAGCCGAAGGGCGAACUGAAGCUCCUCGAUGGUGACGCUCUCGAGCAGCUCGAGAGUCGGCUGAGCAUCGAUGACCAGUACGUCUGCGUCUCCUAUACGCGCCCUGUCGACCUGAUGGUCCCCUUACUCCUCUAUUCAUCAGUGAUUGACAUGUGGUGCGCUAGGUUGCACUACGUUCGCAGCCACGGCGCAGUCCCGCAGCUCAGCUGGGAAACACACGAGCUCGAUGUGUACGCGGACCCGCCCGAGCUGAUGUUGAAGCCGAGGAAGUGGACGAUGGACGAGCUCGCGGAUGGCGACUUCAGGGUCAUCGAGAUACCCGUAACAUUUGGGUGCGACGGGAAUCGGAGGAAGGAGAUGAACAUGAUGAAGCGCACGACGGGGUUCAACUUCACCACUGCCGGCGUGUCGACCUGUCUCUGGCGGGGUGUACUGGUGCGCGACGUGCUCCUGGCAAGCGGCCUGCAGGACCAGCCGGAGCAUGAGAGAUGGUACCUGAACUUCGAAGGGGCUGACGAGCCGUCCGAGGGGCCGUAUGCGACGUCGAUCCCGCUUCUGCACGCGAUGAACCCUGCGCACGACGUCAUACUGGUGUUCGGGCAGAACGGGAGGGUGUUGCAUCCAGAUCAUGGCUAUCCGCUACGGACAAUUAUACCAGGCUUUGUGGGCGGUCGGCAGGUGAAGUGGCUCAAGAAGAUGUGGGUGACAAAAGAGUCGAACAGAUCGUACUAUCACAUUUGGGACAAUCGCGUGGUGCCGACUUUCAUCGACUCGAAGGAACACCCGCUCGCGACGGCUUUCUUUCACCACGAGGACACUGCAUGCUACGAACAGUGCCUGCAAUCGGCAAUCUUCAAACCCGCACAUGACGAGCGCAUCCCACUGUCGGACAAGGACGCCCUGUUGGGUACGUACACCGUCGAGGGCUACGCGUUCAGCAGCGGCGACCGUAUCGAGCGUGUUGAGCUCAGCCUGGACGGUGGGAAGACCUGGAAGUGGUGCUUCAAGCAUUUUCUCGAGGAGCCGCUCAGGCAUGGCGAGAAGUUUUGGGCUUGGAUCUUCUGGUCGUGCGAGCUUAAGCUACAGGAAAUGGUAAAUGCGCAGGAGAUCAUCGUAAGGGCGCAGGAUAGUAGAAAGAAUUACCAACCAGCGGAGAUUUCAUGGUACGACGAUGCGUGGAUCAUUCUGGAUAACAAGGUGUAUGAUGUGACGUCGGUUCUGUCAUGGCAUCCUGGUGGAGCCAACGCGAUCUUGGCUUACGCCGGGAAGGCCACCGUGGAUGUGACGAACGAGUACAAAGGCAUACACGACUCUUACGCGAACAGCAAGAAGGAUGAAUGCUUAAUCGGCGCUCUGUCCGAGGAGGGCAUCAAGGCGAUGGAAGAGGAUGCAAGGCGCGCGGCAAAGGAACUGGCGAAGGUGAAGGAGGAGCGUAAAGGGCUCGCCCUCCAACCUGACGUCUUCACUCGCGCAAAACUUGUGGAGCGCAAGGAAGUCUCCUCGGAUACGCGACUGUACGUAUUCGAACUGCCUCGCAAGGAGGACGGGAGCCCCGGCGUGCUCGGUUUGCCUGUCGGACAGCAUGUCCAAAUUGCAGUGCACUUCAAGGACCAAGCCGUGAUGCGUAGCUACACCCCGGUCCACCCGGUCCUCCCACAUGAAGAGGAUGGCACAAUCCACUUGCUCGUGAAGACUUACAUGCCUUCGGAGGGAGGCUCGUUCCCUCCUGGUGGUACUGUGUCCAAUUACUUGGACUGCAUGGAGGAUGACGAGGAGAUUGAUAUACGAGGGCCGACUGGCGGCAUCAAAUAUCUUGGACACGGCAAAUUCGAUAUUGAUGGAGAGGAGUAUCGUUUCGACAAGAUUAAUCUCGUCGGGGGUGGAAGCGGAUUGACGCCCCAUUGGCAGCUCAUCCACGCCAUCAUGUUUGACGACUCCGACAAGACCGUCGUCUCGUUUAUUGACAGCAACAGGACGUACGACGACAUUUUAAUGCGGGACGAGCUCCAGAAAUACGCCGAUGGAAAGCCUGAGAAGUUCAAGCUCUGGCACGUCUUGUCCAGCCCACCCAAAGAUAAGGAAUGGAAGUAUUCCGAAGGCAGACUGGAUCGGAAGAUGAUGGAGGAACAUUUCUAUGCUGCCGGGGAAGGCGUAGCCACGUUCCUGUGCGGGCCGCCUGCGAUGAUUGAGAAGGCUGCGUUGCCCGGACUGAAAGAGAUGGGUUUUGAAGAUGGGAAGACCGUAUUUGGCUAUUGAGAUCCUGAGCGUGGGCUGUAUUGAUAUAUGGUUCGGUUUGUACUAGACUCACUUGUAUAUAUUACAAGUGGUAGCGGAAUUCAAGAAAUGCGAAAUCUUCAUACAUGUCUUAGGCAAGUGCGAUACCAAGCUCGGCGGGAUGGAGUGAGACAACUCUGAAAUGUGAUGUUUCAUCUUGUAUAUUGGUCCUUCCCCCCUGACCGGUACCGUAUUGAAGACGCUAUAUCUCGUUCGUCGUAGUGGCAGGACGUCGUGAUCAUGGGUGUUUGUCAGUACACCAUAUCUUUAAUCUCGCUUCCGGCCUGUCCUUCAUGCUUG